AACAUACUGGUCUCCUCCGCUCGCCUUCGAACAGACGCCUGAAACGGUCGAAUUGAUGUCCUAGAAGCUGGACUUGUGGGAUUACUAUUCUGUCUGAGCAAACAGUGGUGAAGUCUACACCCGUUUGCUCGCUCCUUGAACCCACCAACCCCCCGAUAGUGGCAUUAUACGUCACCCCUCAUUAUGUCUCAAUCAUUGCGUCCUUAUCUCCAAUGCGUUCGGUCCUCGCUGACCGCCGCCCUUGCUAUCUCUAACUUCGCGUCCCAAACCUCCGAGCGACAUAAUGUGCCUGAAAUCGAAGCCGGGAGCUCCCCCGAACUUCUCCUUAACCCUCUGACGGUCUCACGAAACGAGAACGAGAAAGUCUUAAUCGAACCUAGCGUGAAUAGUGUGCGCGUUAGCAUCCGGAUAAAACAGGCGGAUGAAAUCGAACAUAUUCUUGUGCAUAAAUUCGGCCGUUUCCUGACCCAACGUGCUGAGUCCUUUUUUAUACUGCGGAGAAAGCCUGUGAAGGGCUACGACAUCUCUUUCCUCAUUACGAACUUCCACACGGAAGCAAUGCUGAAGCACAAAUUGGUUGACUUCAUCCUUCAGUUCAUGGAGGAGGUUGAUAAGGAGAUUUCUGAGAUGAAGCUUUUCUUGAACGCGCGCGCUCGAUUCGUUGCUGAAUCUUUCCUGACACCGGUAAGUACUUUUAAUUAACUUCGUCAAAAGGCAUCCCCGUUCUAACUAUAACGGCGCAGUUUGACUAGGUCAUUCCAUUUAUGAUACACCAAAUCAGCAUCCAGAUCCUCAAGGUACCCCGCU